CGGAGCUGAUCCAGAGCAGACAGGCGGACCGCGGCUGGACCUGCAGGAAGCAUGUCUGUUGAGAAGCUGGAAGAGUGCCGGCAGCACAUCCGGGCGCAGCUGGACGCUGUCGUGGAAUUCUGGCUCAAAUAUUCCCACGACUCCGUACACGGAGGCUUCUUCACUUGCAUUGGGAGGGACGGUAAUGUUUAUGAUGAGCUGAAGUAUGUGUGGCUACAGGGAAGACAGGUGUGGAUGUACUGCCGUCUCUAUCGCAGCAUGGACCGCUUCCACAGGCCUGACAUCCUGGAAGCAGCAAAGGCCGGGGGAGAAUUCCUCAGAAAGUUUGCACGUGUGUCCACUAAUGGAAAUCAGUGGAAAUGUGCCUUUUGCUUAACAAGAGAUGGCAAAGCUGUCAAAGUUCAGAGGACCAUAUUCAGUGAGUGUUUCUAUAUAAUGGCCAUGGACGAACUGAGCAGGGUCACUGGCGACAUGGAAAUGCAGCUGGAGGCCGAGCAGAUGAUGGAGCAGCUGAUUUACUGGGUCCGGGAGGACGCGUCGGGUCUGGGAAGGCCCCAGCUUCCAGGGGACGUUCCCACCAACAGCAUGGCAGUUCCCAUGAUGCUGCUUUGCCUGGUCCAGCAGCUGUCCGAAGGCCGGCCUGAGACGCGGAAGAAGUACGCAGAACUGGGAAGUUGGUGUGUGAGUGAGAUUCAGCGACAUGUCCAGAGAGACGGCACAGCGAUCCUGGAGAACGUGUCUGCGACCGGAGAAGAGCUGCCUGGAUGUCUGGGCCGGCUGCAGAACCCAGGCCACGCCCUGGAAGCAGGCUGGUUCCUGCUGCGCUAUGCUGCCGACAACGAAAACAAGGAGAUCCAGAGAACUGCCAUUGAAAAGUUUGUGGAGCUUCCUUUCGAGAGUGGCUGGGAUAAAGCCCACGGUGGCCUCUUCUACUUCCUGGACGUGGAUGGUCACUGCCCCACUCAGCUGGAGUGGAGCAUGAAGCUGUGGUGGCCUCACAGCGAGGCGCUCAUCGCCUUCCUCAUGGCCUACAGUCAGACCAAGAACCCCGAGCUGCUGGAGAACUUCUUCAGGGUCUACGACUACACCUUUAGCCAUGUGAGUGAAGCCUGCAGUUUCCUGACCCUGAGAGCGGUGAGUGGUUUGGCUAUCUGACCCAAGAAGGGAAAGUCGCUUUGGAUUUUAAAGGAGGACCAUUUAAGGGCUUCUUCCAUGUACCUCGCUGCCUGUACAUGUGUGAGAGUCUCUUGGAUGAUCUGCUGGGAAAACAUGCCUGAGUAUUCGGUGUUCAGAUUAAAUGGGAACUCAUCUGAUUUGUAGACCAGAUUUCUGACUUAAGGCGCACGCACACACACACACACACACACACACACACACACACACACACACACACACACACACACACACACACACACACACACACAAUUUAUUUGGUCAGUAUUUUCAUUUCUGUCUGAAAUCAAAAAGAUUGACAGAAAAAUGAUCUAUACUGUGAAUUUAGGGUAAGAUUCUUUUAGUACUUUGUUGCUUGGCUAAUCUAACUUCCAAACACAUCCAUGAUGGACAGGUAGACAUUUGUUGUUUGUAUUACUACUGCAGCUGCUUUGUUUUUAUCAAUAGAAUUAAUGCUGUUUUUGAAUGAAGGGAUGACCACUACCGAAGAGUCCGAGUGAAGACCUCCAUCAACAAACGCAGUCAUUAACGCACAAAACUGAACUUUCUUGUUAAAAUGUGCCUUGUUCUUUAAAUGAUUGUAUCUUUCCAACCUUCUCAUUCUGCGUCUUAAUGGCAGUUUUGGAUUGACAUGUCUUUGUAAAGCACUUUGAAAUGCCUUGUAGCUGAAAUGUGCUAUACAAAUAAAAUUUGAUUGAUUGAU